AUCUCCUCCACAGAUAAAAUAAUAGUCCAUUCCACUAACAUGACCUCCAACAUGGAAUGCAUGAGUGACAAAACUGCAAGUUCCCAUUACUCUUCUCCUGUGGUUGUAUCUCCUUGCGCAGCUUGCAAGAUCCUCCGUCGGAGAUGUGUGGAUAAAUGUGUGCUGGCACCAUACUUUCCACCCACCGAACCUCUUAAGUUCACUAUUGCUCAUAGAGUCUUUGGAGCUAGCAACAUCAUCAAAAUGCUCCAGGAACUCCCGGAGGAUCAAAGAGCAGAUGCAGUUAAUAGCAUGGUAUACGAGGCAAAUGCAAGGAUCAGAGAUCCAGUAUACGGUUGUGCCGGUGCAAUUUGCCGGCUGCAGAAGCAAAUAUGUGAGCUUCAAGCAGACCUUGCCAAGGCUCAAGUAGAGAUUUUAAAUGUGCAGACCCAAAAGGCCAAUUUGGUGGCAUUAAUUUGCAUGGAAAUGACACAAAAUCAAGAAAACAACAGCAGUACUGUGUCUCCUGAUCAUCAACAAGCUUAUGGAAAUUCCACCACUUUUUUGGAAAACAGCAAUGUAUAUGCAGCUUGGGAACCACUUUGAACAUGAUGAUAAAAAAAGUUGGAAUACUUCUAUAGAAUUAGUUUACAAUAAUUCCCCUGAGAAUGGGGGUCGAAAAAUGCAAUGACAUGGUUUGAAAAAAGCAGUAUUCGAAAAAAUCGAAUAUAUAUUUUGAGAUUGUCUAC